AUAUGAAAUGCUAUGCUUCAAUGCUUGGCUUAUAGUCACCGAGUUGAUGAAGAGUGUCCAUGUUUUCACUAAACUCUGAUUUGAAAAUCCAGUACCUAUUCGUGUUAUCGGUGUAAUUUCUUAUUACCAUUUACCGAUGUGAAUUGUAAUUUUCUGGUGACAUUUAUUAUUCGGUUCGAGUACCUAGACCUACGUAAUUCGUGAUAAGUGCAAUUUUCCGACUUCCAUUAGUUCAACCUUGGUGUUUCCAUGUUUCAUCGUGCAAGUAUUAAUUAAGAAGCGACAGGAAGGAGUUCAAGUGAACGAUAUUUACGGUUAUUUACCUAUAAAAGUGUGGUACCAGUACAAAUGGGCACUCCGGCUCCAGCUAUCGGUAUAGAUUUGGGUACUACGUACUCGUGCGUUGCUGUUUUCCAGCAUGGCAAAAUUGAAAUUAUCGCCAAUGAUCAAGGUAACAGAACAACGCCCAGUUACGUGGCAUUUUCCGAUGAAGAAGGAAUGUUAAUAGGAGAAGCUGCGAAAAAUCAAGCAGCUAGGAAUGUGAACAAUACCAUUUUUGGUGUUAAACGAUUGAUCGGCCGAGAAUUUAAUGAUGCUACUGUUCAAGAAGAUAUGAACUACUGGCCUUUUCAAGUCAAUGGUUAUGAAAACAAACCAGCAAUCGACGUCGAAUUCCAAGGAACUUAUAAAACGUAUAUUCCUGAAGAAAUAUCCGCGAAGGUAUUACAGAAAAUGAAAGCGACCGCCGAAGCGUAUCUUGGUAAAACAGUCAGGAAGGCUGUCAUCACCGUUCCAGCGUAUUUCAACGAUUCUCAAAGACGGGCCACAAAAGAUGCCGGUACUAUCUGCGGUUUGAAUGUAUUACGUAUUAUCAACGAACCAACUGCCGCUGGUUUUGCUUACGGUUUAGAAAAUAAAAACUCCACCAAACAAACGAUUUUGAUUUUCGAUCUCGGCGGCGGAACCUUCGACGUAUCCAUUUUAACCAUCCAAGAGGGUGUAUUCGAAGUUAAAGCAACUGGCGGUGACACUCACUUGGGAGGCGAAGAUUUCGACAACCGAAUGGUCGAUUAUUUUGUUCACGAAUUUCAACGUAAACACCGAAGAGAUCUAAGUCAAAACUGGAGAGCUCUUUGUCGCCUGCGAACCGCCUGCGAACAAGCAAAGAGAACUUUAUCAUCGUCUAAAAUGGCCAGAAUCGAAGUCGAUUCUCUUUGUGAUGGCAUCGACUUUUAUACUUCGAUAUCGCGAGCUAAGUUUGAAGAAUUGAACAUUGAUUUUUUCCAAAACGCAAUGGCACACGUUGAAAACGUUAUUCAAGACGCUAAUAUCAAUAAAACUCAGAUCGAUCAUGUGAUCUUAGUUGGCGGAUCAUCUCGGAUCCCAAAAAUACAAAACAUGUUGCAAGGUUUGUUCACGAGCGUCUGUUUUGUUAUGUAUAGCAGGCUGGGGCGGAAUUUUUUUUUCUGGACUUAGACGUUUUUUCGAGUGUGUCGUGUGUGUGUGUGGAUGUGGUGUCCUGUCUUGUGCGUGUGGAUGUGGUGUUUUCAUGUUUUACUUACGUGUUUUUUGUUUUUUAUUUUUUUAAAAUAUAUUUCAACUCUGUGUA